GCCCACGUGCCUCACUGGGCAUGCCCCGCUUUUGAUGCAACCGACAAGGGGGGCGUCAAACAAGGGCGAUGGUCACCCAGAUUACGCCUCAUCAUACGGCCUAUUUAGACUUGACACGGAACAACAGGCAAACAGAGUACCGCACCACAGCGACCAAAACUGUGCUCAUUGACGAUGCCCGUCGGUUUCAUUUCUUCAUAUCAUUCCGAGAAAAGUCACGUGUUCCUCUGGUCGCUCAUGUGACCCUGUGGUACGGACCAAUAGGGUGGAACCGUUUGUCCUGGGUAGAGCGAAAGGAAGAGGGGGAAAAAAAUCAUUUUCUCUUUGCGAUUUUUAAUCUUGCAACACUGAAGAGGGUCGUCAUCUACUGUAUCCUGCGCUACAGAAAGGUGACCGGUUGGCUGACUCCACCAUCACACUCGCGUUGGCCCUUGAACUCCUCUCUCACGUGACCACGCCCCUUCCUUCACAUCCAAUUCCGACAUGGAGCCCAUCAAGGUCCAAUCAGAAGGAGGCCUGAACGUGACCCUCACCAUCAGGCUGCUGAUGCACGGCAAGGAGGUUGGAAGCAUCAUAGGAAAGAAAGGAGAAACGGUAAAGAAAAUGCGUGAAGACAGCGGUGCACGUAUCAACAUCUCAGAGGGGAACUGCCCCGAGAGGAUAGUCACCAUCACUGGGCCCACAGAUGCUAUUUUCAAGGCCUUCGCCAUGAUAGCAUACAAGUUCGAAGAGGAUAUAAUAAACUCUAUGAGCAACAGUCCGGCCACCAGUAAACCCCCGGUCACCCUGAGGCUCGUGGUCCCGGCCAGCCAGUGCGGCUCUCUCAUCGGGAAAGGAGGCUCCAAAAUCAAAGAGAUGAGAGAGUCCACAGGAGCUCAGGUCCAGGUUGCUGGCGACAUGCUGCCCAACUCCACGGAGAGAGCCGUGACGAUCUCCGGAGCGCCUGAAGCCAUCAUCCAGUGUGUCAAACAGAUCUGUGUGGUGAUGCUGGAGUCCCCACCGAAAGGUGCCACCAUCCCCUACCGCCCCAAGCCUGCCUCUACCCCUGUCAUUUUUUCAGGUGGCCAGGUAAGAGCAGACCCACUGGGGGCGUCCACGGCCAACCUCAGCCUCUUACUGCAGCACCAGCCACUGCCUGCUUAUACCAUUCAAGGACAGUACGCCAUCCCUCAUCCUGAUCAGUUGAGCAAGCUCCACCAGUUGGCUAUGCAGCAAACCCCCUUUACCCCCCUCGGACAGACCACCCCUGCCUUCCCCGCAGCAGGUCUGGAUGCCAGUAACCAGGCCAGUACUCAUGAACUCACCAUUCCCAAUGAUCUAAUAGGCUGCAUAAUCGGACGCCAGGGAACCAAAAUCAACGAGAUCCGUCAGAUGUCUGGGGCACAGAUCAAAAUUGCUAACGCCAUGGAAGGGUCAUCGGAGCGCCAGAUCACCAUCACAGGGACCCCCGCCAACAUCAGCCUGGCCCAGUACCUCAUCAAUGCAAGGUUCAGAGAUGUGGCGGCCAUGUGGAACGACCCAUCUUCCAUGACCACGUCCUGAAUCCCUGACUGGCUCCUCCGUUUGGCCCUUUCCAGCGAUUGACCACCGCAGACAACCCUGAUGAAGCCCUCCGGACUCUGGCUCUGGCUCCCUGAAAACCUAGUCCGCCUUCCCACCCUGGUUCAAAAGUUAUUUAUAUGUCGGGGAGGGAUGUGCGCUCACUUUUAUUUCGGAGAGCCAAAUUAAAAUAAGAAAAAAAAGAAUUACAAAAAAGAAAUUCAUUGUUGAUUAGGUUUUUUUUUAGAGAACUGUUGAAGCAUGUUGAAUGUUUAUUAGGAAUAACUUGUGUUAAAUCUUUCUUCUCUCUAUCUCUUGCUUUCUCUUUCUCUCUGUCAGUGCAUCAUUUAAAAGUAUACACUUGUAAAAGAUUGAGAUUUAUUUUGUAGGACGUAUUUAUUUGCAUAUUCCAGCUGCACAGUGAUGCUUGGGCAGAGUGUAUGGGAGGAUGUAGCCAAAUUAUCAUUUUUUGAUAAUAUAUUUUGAAAAGGAAAAAAUUGGUCUGUUCUGCUUUUGUCCUAAAUUGCAUCUUUCUCUAAAUCCAAUCUCUACCCAUGACUCUUUGCUGCAUCACAUGACCCUUUUAAGCCAAUGGUAUCACUCCUAGAGCCUCCCUUCUCAUGUUAGGUUCCUAUACUUACAUUAUUGCUUAUAUUGCAUGUUUCAGUGUCGUAUCGUUGUGCAUUUCAGUAAACCUGUUCAGUGUACGUGGUCCUUCAAAUGUUAUUAUUAUAUCUCCUGUUCUUUUCCGCAAACAUUUUCAGCAUUUUUGGCCAUUCACGUCUAGUCCUGCUCCCCGCCCAAAUGAAAAACUUUCCGACAGAGCCUCCUUCUAUCAACACCGAUUAUUAGUAUAUAGAUGCAUGAAUGGGAAUUAGUGAAAAAUCAGUUGCUAAAAAAACAGAAACUGAAAAUUGAAAUGAUUGUUUACUAACUUAUUAUACUGUAUUUGUUUUGUACACAGACUUUUGUGGUUUAGCACAUUAGUCGACUACGCGGCGCUCAUGCAAUAGACUAUUCAACACUUUACUCUGGACUGCCUCUGAUGUGGGAGGAAUUAGUUGGUCUUUAAAACCAAGUGUUGCGUCCAAACUUUUGGGCCUUUUACAAGUAUACAUUUGGUUCCUUUGAAAGUAAAACAAAACUAGGGAAAGAAGGCGACUUUUUACGGCAAAGAGGCCUAAAUGUUUGGACGAAGCCAAUCGGUUUUUUAUUGGGGCCGAGGAAUGUUCAGGGGUUCAUUGGGGGGAACCCACGGGAGUCUCUUUUUCAAGAUUGUUCAUCUUGUCUUUUCUUUUUGACGCUUUAGGUUUGAAUGUCUUUUUAUUGCCACGACUAUGUCAUUGUUUUUAUUUGAAAAAGGACAGGUUGGAUGAUAUUUAUUUAUCGUGUGGUGAUGCACAUAUGACUUUUGUUCUUCGUUGAUCAUGAAGCUAAGUUAGUUUUGUCGUAUCGUGUUUUAUUUGAGAUGGAGGUGUGGUUGAUGUUUCAACUAUUGGACAGCUUGAGUUAUCUCAUUUCUGAUCAGCUGAGCUCUAUGAAGUUUUGACAUAAUACAAACAGCUGUUGAAUGUUAUCGUCGAAUCUUAUUAUUUACUGUCCAAAACAGGAAUAUUCUGCAUUUUCAAUUACACUUCACUUAUACUUCUUCCGUUUUUAUUUCCAGUAGCCUAUGCUGAGCUUAAAGGAAGAGUUUGACAUUACCAACAUGUUGAGCUUUUCUGUAACUUCUUAAGCGCUUUGAUGACAUACAUGUGAUUAUGUAAAAGGACAAAUGAUGUAUCACUAUACUGAUAUACCAUGCAUAGUCAAUGAUUAUUCUGCAAUAAUUCUUACAUUUUGAUGUGAACUCAAGUAGUAGUGCUAGCAUUGAAAUUAUGAAUUUGUGUUUCUUUUUAUUCUAAGUUGUCAUAGCUUGUACUUCAAUGGGAAUGUUUGUCAAAUGAGUCAAAUUAAAUAUUUUUUGCGGAGCAAAUUUGCUUUACAAGAACAGUUGGCUUAUAUCUAAGAGGGUUUUCUUUCCCAACAAUAUUGUAAAGGUAUAGAAAAUACUCAAGGCCCGGGUAUUAUGGCUUUUAUUCAGCUAUUAUCAGUGCAUGUGUACUGAGGUGAUAUUAGUACACAUGUAAAAGCAUUUAAAACAUAGAAAAUCAAAAAUUGAGGCUUAUUAGCACAGUCAUUUGACAAAGAUGUUGGUUUGUAAUAUGAAUUUGAUCGCCAUGGCAGUGGGAUUUCAUUAACAUCAAUAUUCAAAGUUUUGAAAAUGUAUUUUCAUUUGUCUAUAUGCCUGAGUACACUACAAUUUUGAAACAAACUGCAACUAAUGCAAUAAUAGGGUGCAAUGUGCAAUUAUUUAUUCAGUUAUUAGCAUAGACACAGGACAGCUGUGUAGCUUGUCUUAACACGUUUCUUUUUAUUUACUUUACAUGUGGAAGCAACAGCAGGAAAAAAAGAAUGACUAGACUUUUUUUUCAGCUUUUAUUUAUGUGUACUAUUGCAGUUUGGGGGAAAAAAAUUGAUAGGACUUCGUAACUAUUUUUGAUUGAUUUAUUUGCUCUGUGCAGAUCUAUAUUAGUUGUGAGUAAUUACAUAGGUUUUCAUUUCAAAGUGUUGGUAAAUAUAAAAACUAAUAAAGUUUCAUUUUUUCUUUCUGUGA